AUGGAAGAACUCAUCCAUUCUUCUAAGAAUAAGGAUACAAAAGAGAUAGCUGAUGAUGUUAAUAGACCGGAAAUGGAUGAAGAGGAGAUUCUUCAACCUGGUGAGGUAUCUCUCAAGAAGAAGGAUGAUUCCAUUAUUCUUGUUGAUGAUGGUGUUCAGAACACAGUGGACCUAUCUGGAGACAACAGAAAAUAUGCAAGAGAUGAGGACACGGAGAGUGAAGCCAGUGGCUUUAACUUUGACUCAGAGACUAAGGGCGAUUCGGAGAAGACUAGCAAAAAAGAUAGGAAUAAGGCUAAGAGGAAAAGGAUUGUGGUGGAUUCAAAUAUUUCGGAGUCUAAGGCAGAAAAGUUUGAAGGGAAAUUUAUUAAAGAAAAGAAAGGGAAAGUUACUGGAAAGCAAAUGCAGAGGAAGAAGACUAGUAAGGAAAGCAAUAAAGAUAUCAGCCAAAUCCUGAUUGAUUCUGAAGAAGAGGCAGAGGAGAAAAAAAAGGAUGAGGGAUAG